AUUAUACAUUCUAGGAUUUUUACAACAGAAAUUGUAUGGCCUUGAACUGCACGGUGGUAGUAAACGUUUUCUUAACUUGUCACUUGUGUAAGCAAACGUAUACUUAGGUUGGUGUGUAAUCUCGUUUCGUUGUUUUUCGGUGCUUCAGGUUUCAAGUCACAGGUAAACAAGAACUCGAUCAGCUGAUCGAGGGUCGUUUCAAUAUUGUUUUGUGAUAUACUUAAGGGUGGGUAAUAACCCUUAUAUUUAACGUAUUUAUUGAAUUUUUUUUAUUCCAAGACUAGUAUGAUGCAAUACUGAGAUGUCAAUAAGAUAAUAACUGAUAUAACUAUAUGAGACAUGAGUGGCCAGUGGCGUCAUGAUUUUACAAUUUUUCAUAAAAUUAAUUUAUAACGUCGUUUUUUUAGUUGAUUCCCGUUUCUGAUACGCUGCUUACUUAAUAACUUUUAAUCCAGUAUAUUUUUAGAUUAUAUAAUUGAUUAACGUUGUGUUACAUACAUCAACAAUAUGACCAGAGGUAUGAAUGCAAUCCCAAUAACAAUUUAUUUUAUAUUUGAUUAUUCUCAUGUUCUUGUUUACAUCGAUAAAAUUUGUAUUUUCAAAUUGUUUCUAUCUAGAAGAGGGGUCAAAUAAAGAGAUAAAUGACGAGUUUGCUAACACUGAAGAACUAGAAAAACAGAGAGUGCGUGAUGAACAGGGUCGAAUAACUAAUAUUCAUAAAGAGGCUGACAAACAGAAUCCUGAAUGUAAAGGGAACAAGAGUGAUAGUGACGAAGACAUUUCCAAAACUGGAAAUGAAUCUAAUGCAGGCUCUGACGCUGAGGGUGUUACUCAUGUGAUACAAAUGGAGAAUUCAAAUAGAAAGAAAUUAAAAUUAUUGCAAAGGUUAUCUUCGCUCAAUGCAUUUUUUGCAGAUACUUCUGAACCAGUUUCAUUAUUUAAACAUGAAAGGGAACAAAUAGAAAAAGAUCAACAACAGCAGAAUUAUCAAAAUUUGCAUACCCAAGGUGAUACAGAACAGGCACAAUCAGAUUUAGCUACCAAUGUAGCUGAUGAUAAUGCUAUUAGAACAAUAGAAGAAAAUGAGAAGAGUGAAGAAGAAAUGGUUAUGGUUAAGGCACUGCCCAAAUUACAAAAUAACUCUGGAAAAUAAUGGUAUUAAGUACCUAAUUAUGGAUUGAUAUGUACCUAUCAUUAAUGCAAGUCAAUUUACUAACUUAACAUUUUAAUAAUCGUCGUUUUCAUAUUUUGGUUUUUUAAAUUAAUUUAAUUAACUAAUACCAUUGAGUAUAGAUAGUACUAUCUAUACUCAAUGCUAAUACCUAUAGGCUAUAAUGAAUUUAUUAUUAUUAUUUUUUUUUUAAAUUUAAUUUUCAUGUAUGAUACUUUGUGUUUUAUUUCUUAAUUGUUCCUGAGUAUAUUUAGUUGCUAAUAUGCCAAAUUGUUUAUGUAAAAUCGUUUGUAAUGCAUUUUCUAAAUGUAUGGUAAUUUUCUUAAUUUAACGCAGACAAAUGUUUAAAAUUCAUCAUGUGAUAAGGAUGAUUCUAAAAUACCUUAACUGUUGUCUUUUAAUAUCUGUACCUAUGUUACAUUUAAAAUUGUGUAAUUUAAUUGUGAUACUAGCAUUAAAUAAAAUCUGCACCUGUUUUGAUUUUAAA